AGCGGCAGUCUGAGUAAGAGCGAGGGUGGUGAGAGAGAGAGAGAGAGACUGUUGGUCUAAUCGUCUCGUCCUCUUCGUUUCUCCAGAAGGCGGGCUGCGAAAUGGGAAACCCUAAAUCAUUCAAGAUCCCUAUAAAUUCUCCGCUGGCAACCACUCUCAAAUCUUCUAUUUCUCACAAGCUUCUCGAAUUCCUUGGAAACUACACCGAUGACGUGCUCGCUGAGUAUAUUACAGUGCUCGUUUGUAAUGGAAAGCAUCGAAAUCAAGCUAGAGAUGAUUUGGAGGCAUUUCUUGGAGAACGGAGUGAGGAAUUUGUAUCAUGGUUAUGGGAUCUUCUCUUGGACUAUGCCAAUCAAUCAAAUACAAGCAUUGUCCCAUUGGAUCCCAAGGGUGUCACCUUCAGCAGUCCCCAUGACAAUGACGCUGAUAUGGAGUACAGAGCUAAAAGGUCAAGGAACUUUCAUAAUCAUGGCACCAGCAAUGAUGAUGGAUCACCUGUAAUAUCGACUGAAGGUGAGGAGUUGCGCCACCCAUCAACCUAUGCUUUUUAUACUCUUCCAGAUGAUACAGACUUUUCUGAGGGCUUUCAACGGUCUGCAGGUUUUGCUGCACCUUCAAAUGAUAUUAAUACUGAGAAGGUAUCCUUACUGAUGUCUGGAAAUGGUAUGCGAAGUGAACUUGAGCCAGUUGAGGACAUUUAUGAUGAUUUUUUGGCACAUGGAUGUUCUGGAAAGGAUAGCUUUUCAGUGAUGCCAGCUAGUGGAGAAGAAAGAAUUCUCUACAUGGAUAAAUAUCAGAAGAUUGUUGAUAGUAAAGCCAUUGACUUGCCUAAAAAACUUUUCUCACCCUCAAAACAGCCAUAUCCUAGAAGAUUACAGUCUUCUAUUGCAGAUAAUCCUCUUCCCAGGCAAACAUCUUCUGCCAAUGCAUAUGGAAGAAGUCUUUCUCCCAAAGUGGUCACUGCAGUAUCCCACCAGUAUGACAAGUCACGGGGUAGUGUUUGGGAUAGAUUGGGCAAACCGCAAAAAAAUACAUUUGAAAGGAGCAAAACUGUUGAUGCACCUGGUAUUUCUAUUAGAGAGCAAAAUGGAGUUUUUCUAGACCAGAGUGUACCAGUGCUUCCUUCGCCAACUGAAAGACAUAGUAAACAAGAAGCUCCUGGGCUUGGUAAUGGUGCUUACAAUUCUGGAAAAUGUAAGAAAUUGGAGAGUGGUGUGAGUAAUACUGGCAAACUAAAUGGUGCCAGUAAUAUCAGCCGAAAGAGGCACUUUGGUGAGAGUAGUACUGGCCCAGGUAACAGUUCAGUUUCUUUGGUGGACAAGGGGAACAUGGAUGUUCAAUAUAAAGAAACUUCAGGAGAUUCCAAAAAGACAAAACUGGCCGAAGAGGUUUCAGAGGCAACAUUUGCUCAGAAAAUGUUAGAUUUGAAAGUAAGAUUUCAUCAACUUGAAAGGGAAAUGUGUAAGCUUCGAUCAAAGCACACAGAUCUGAAAAGAGGUGGAAAGCCUGAUUUAUCAUCUAGUUCUGGUACAUUGAGACAUCCAGAGGAAGAUAUCGAGCCAAGAACUGUAUAUGUAACAAAUGUACAUUUUGCAGCAACUAAAGAAGCUUUAUCAAAUCACUUUGCCAAAUGUGGGUUGGUGGUCAAUGUUGUUAUUUUGACUGAUGAAACAAUUGCCCAACCAAAGAGGUCUGCUUUCAUUACUUUUGCCAGUGUGGAGUCUGUUAACAAAGCAUUGGCAUUGAGUGGGACCUCAUUUUUUUCAAGAACUGUAAAGGUUUUUAGAAAGGCAGACAUGGCCACUGGAAAAUCUGCACCACCCCAGGAUGCUGGAAUGCCAGUGCAAGCACGGUUUACUCACAUCAAGGGAAAGAUUGCCGUUGACAGACCUCUCUAUUCCACCCCUCAUCUACAAUGGCGACGAGAAUCAAUCCCCACUCCAUCUGAACCAUCAGCUUCAGCAAACAUUCAAGAGAAAUCCCCCUCUGAAUCAUCAGCUUCAGCAAAUAUUCAAAAGAAAUCCACCGCAGGCUCUGGCUCCCAGCAGCCUUUUCCAAGUUAACUCUGCAGAGGUCAGUAUCUGGAACCGGCUUCUUCAUCGUUUUAGACCCCUAGAGCUGCUUAAUUUCUUUGAAAAACAGAUUCAUAAACAUGCACGAGCUGCUGUUUUGGUCAUCUUCUUUUACCUCAUGCACCAUCUACUACUAAUUGGAACCCAGGGAAAAGAAGAAGAAUAAACAAAAGAAAGGAAAAAGAAAAAAAUCCCUUGAUGCAAUCUCAGACUUUGUAAAGAUGUUCUAAAUGGCAGGCUACUGAAAUGUUAGUGGUGUCCUUGUUACAUUGACAAUUUUGGAGGUGGCUCUUGUAUAUAGCCAAAUAAUAACAAUUUCCAACAUCCUUCUGUCAAAUUUAUUUGUGUUGCUGCA